AACAGGCACUCUUGAUCACUCGGUAUAGGAGAGUAAUUUUUUACCCCGAACCGAAAAAAUCCCAACUGGGGAAGUCCCCAAAAAAAAAACAAACCAAAACGUAUAAAAAAUUACUUUUAAAUAUUCUUAGUAUUAUGCAAGGUUCUCAUCGAUAAUGCCAUCAUAAAUAAGGGUAAAAGCGCUUGCGUAUAAAAUUAUUGACAUUUGAAAUGGGCGCCUGAGUGUGUGUGAAAAGUGUCGGUUUCGUUUAUAUUCCACUUUGUUUAAAUUUCUGCAGCAGUCAGCUAAUAAGAAAAUUUCAUAACAGUUGAAUUUUUCAAGUCAGGUAUUGAGGAAGACGUGAUACAGUACAGUAAUGUGAUCGUUUAAUUGAAUUUUUUCACUAAAAUGAUGUUAUGUUAUAUUUUGUUUGGUGUUUUAAUCCUGAUUUUAUUUCUUUAUUCAUUUCUUGAAAUACACUAUUUUCUACGUGCCUCUCUCUGUGUGCUUCUUGCCAAGAUGUCAAGGAAAAAAGUUCAUCUUUUAAGUGAAACUGUAAUUAAUGGUAUCUGCUUGACGAACGACAUAGACUCUAUGUUAACCCACAUGAACAAUGCCCGAUUUCUGCGUGAACUGGACUUUGCUAAAAUAGAUUUUUACGAAAGAACAGGUCUUUACAAAUGUAUCAAGAAACAUGGUGGAGGUCUGGUUUUGGGUGCGUCGACUAUAAGGUAUAGACGAUUUAUAAAAUUGUUCCAAAGAUAUCAAAUCACUACAAAGGUUAAAUAUUGGGACAAAGACAGUAUAUACAUGGAGCAUCGUUUCCUGACACCAUCCGAUAAUUUUAUAAAUGCAAUCGUGUUGUGUCGAACUCGACUGACUAAUUGUAAUGUUGAAGAUGUGAUUAAUGAAGUUUUAGUUAAUUCUCCAGUAGACGACUUAGAAAUGAAUAAGAAGGAAAAACCGGAAGUAACUCCGGAAUUAGCGAUAUGGAUAGAAUAUAACGAAACUUCAAGUGUCUCUUUAAAAAGUAAUAAAUAAAACUAUUUUUUUAUUGUACAUAAUAAUACCUAUAUAUGUUGUAAUCUUCCGCAAACUUCUAAUAAAGUGUUGUUUUUUUUUAAUUUAA